AUGGGUGAUAAAAGAGAUCCAAAGAAAGACUUUGCUUGGGAUUUUGUAAAGCAAGUGGAUGGUGAGAGGUAUUUUCGAUGCAAAUUCUGUAAUCACAUAUGUAGUGGGACUGUUACUCGUUUGAAGAAUCAUGUAGCAGGCACUCACAAAGGAAUUGCUCCUUGCAAAAGUGCUCCCGAUGAUGUUAAGUUGAAAUGUCAAGUUGCUUUGCAGAAAUUGAAAGACAACAGGCAUAUGCAAAAUGAGAUGCUACACGAGAUUAGGAUGGCUGGGAGUGGGAGUGGGAGUGGGAGUGGGGGUGGGGGUGGGGGUGCGAGUGAGAGUGUUUCGCAAACUCAAACUAUUGGUGCACGUGUUCCACAACCUAGGGUGAGGGGGCCUAUGGAUGCUUUCACAAUUUCAGAGCCAAGGCAAAGUACACUCAAUUCUCAAUGGAAAAAAGAAGAAAGGAAGGAGGUUUGCAGGAAAAUUGCAAGGUUUUGUUUUUCCAAGGCAUUGCCCUUUAACGUUGUCAAUGAUCCUUAUUGGGUACCUAUGUUUGAGAGUGUUGCUAACUUUGGCCCUAGGUUUAAGCCGCCUUCAAUGCAUGAGAUAAGGACAUGGUUGCUAAAAGAAGAGGUCGAGGAUAUAAACAAGCUUAAGGAGCAACAUAUGAAGGCAUGGGAAAAAUAUGGGUGCUCUAUAAUGUCUGAUGGUUGGUCGGAUGGGAAAAAUAGAUGUUUAAUCAAUUUUCUCGUGAACAGCCUAGCUGGGACUUGGUUUUUGAAAUCAGUGGAUGCUUCUGAUUCUAUUAAGAGUGGAGAUUUGAUGUUUAGAUUACUUGAUCAGGUUGUUGAGAAAGUUGGUGAAGAUAAUGUUGUGCAAAUUCUUACUGAUAAUGCUAGCAAUUAUGUGUAUGCUGGAAAGAAGCUUAUGGAGAAGAGAGUGAGGUUAUACUGGACCCCUUGUGCUGCUCAUUGUAUUGAUUUGAUGUUGGAGGACAUUUCAAAGAUAAAGGUGUUUGAGAAGACAAUUAAGAAAAUCAUUCGUCCAGCAGUAACUCGAUUUGCCACCUCAUUUCUUACUCUACAGAGCUUGUAUAAGCAAAAACAACCUCUAAUGACUUUGUUCUCUUCAGAGAAGUGGGCUUCUAGUACUUGGGCAAAGAAGCCAGAUGGUAUGAGGGAUUGUGCAAUUGUAUUGCAUGAUGGGUCCUUCUGGGGUAACAUUGCUUAUUGUAUUAAGAGUGUUGGCCCACUAGUUAGUGUUUUGAGAGAGGUUGAUUCAGAGGAGAGACCUGCCAUGGGUUAUAUUUAUGAAUUGAUGGAUACAGCAAAGGAGAAAAUUCAAAUAGGUUGUGGAGGAAACAAAAGGAAAUAUGAUCCAAUCUGGAAGAGAAUUGAUGCAAGGUGGACUCCCCAACUGCAUCAGCCUUUGCAUGCUGCUGGAUAUUACCUUAACCCAUCAUUACGAUAUGAUGUUAAAUUCUCUAAUGUUGAGGAAGUGAGACAAGGGUUAACUGAAUGCAUGGAAAGGAUGUUGCCAUAUGAAGAUCGCUUGAAAGCGGAUGUCCAACUGGAUUUAUAUGACCAUGCUAGGGGAAAUUUUGGACUCAGAGUGGCCAUUGAUACAAGGAAGUUGCGCUCUCCAGCUGAUUGGUGGGAGCGUUUUGGUGGAAAAACACCUGAAUUACAAAGCUUUGCUAUUCGUGUGCUUAGCCUCACUUGCAACGCAUCAGGUUGUGAGAGAAAUUGGAGUACUUUUGAAGCGAUCCAUACAAAAAAGAGGAAUAGGCUUGAGCAUCAAAGGUUAAAUGCCCUAGUAUAUGUCAUGUACAACACUAGGCCGCGUGAGAGAAGCAUCAAAAGAAAGUUAAAUAUUGACCCGAUUCUUGUGGAGGAAAUUGAAUCUGAUGAUGAGUGGAUAGCAGAAAAAGAAGAUCAUGUCCUUCCAGUAGACACUAGUUGGAUUGAUGAUGAACAAUUGUUCAAUGUGGAUGCUAUUAGGAGUCUCUCUGUUGCUGCUACUGUUAUUUCUGGUGAGGAAUCUUCAAAUCCUCCACUAUCUAUUAGGAGAGAGUCGAGGGACACUGUUGCUGCUCAGCCUGCUCGUGAUGAAUCGUCUACUGCAACGAGAAAUUCAUGUGGAAAUGGAGUUGAUAGACGCAAAAAUAAAGCACCAAGAGUGGUACUUGUUGAAGAAGAUUAUGGGAAUGAUGUGCUUGCACCAAGCACAAACAUGGAUAAUGUGUUUAUUUUUCCAAAUGAUGGACUUGGUGUUGACUCUCUUGGUGAUGGGAGUGGCAAUUCCUCCAAUCCUAAUAUUGAUGAUGAUGAUGAUGAAUUUAUGGAUGAAGAGAAUGAUGAUGAUUUGGAUGAGAAUUACCACUUUUAA